ACGGCGGGGCGCGCGCGGGCCCGACCCGCCGCCCCGAGCGAGGACCUUCUGGGAGGAUCACACCUGGGGGGGGCUGCGGAAGAGAAUUCCCUUUGGACACCCUGGUUGGCACAAGGCUCCCACUCCCUGGGUGUUUGGGCAGGACAGGUUUUACUCCGAGGAGCAGGACCAGCACCCGGGGCAGCAAUGGAGCGCCUGGCCUCCUUCAGCAAUGACCCCUUUGACAAGCCCCCGUGCCGAGGCUGCUCCUCGUACCUCUCGGAGCCCUACGUGAAGUGUGCUGAGUGUGGGCCCCCUCCCUUCCUCCUGUGCCUGCAGUGUUUCACCCGAGGAUUUGAAUACAAGAAACAUCAAAGUGAUCACACCUAUGAGAUAAUGACGUCCGAUUUCCCUGUCUUGGAUCCCAACUGGACAGCUCAGGAGGAAAUGUCUCUCCUCGAAGCUGUGAUGGACUGUGGAUUUGGGAACUGGCAGGACGUAGCCAACCAGAUGUGCACCAAAUCCAAGGAGGAGUGUGAGAAGCACUACAUGAAACACUUCAUCAACAACCCCCUGUUUGCAUCCACCCUGCUGAACCUGAAGCAGGCAGAGGAGGUGCAGCACCAGGAAACAGCCAUUCCCUUCCACCCUGCUGAUGAUCCCCCAAGGCCAACUUUUGAUUCCUUGCUCUCCAGGGACAUGGCUGGGUACAUGCCAGCCAGAGCUGACUUUGUUGAGGAGUUUGACAACUAUGCCGAAUGGGAUUUGAGAGAUAUUGAUUUUGUAGAAGAUGAUUCAGACAUUUUGCAUGCCCUGAAGAUUGCAGUUGUAGAUAUCUAUCAUUCCAGGUUAAAGGAAAGGCAGAGAAGGAAAAAAAUUAUAAGAGAUCAUGGCCUGAUCAACCUCAGAAAAUUUCAGAUUUUGGAGAGGCGGUACCCGAAGGAGGUUCAGGACCUUUACGAGACCAUGCGACGCUUCGCCCGCAUCCUGGGCCCGGUGGAGCACGACAAGUUCAUCGAGAGCCACGCACUGGAGUUUGAGCUGCGAAGGGAAAUAAAGAGACUCCAGGAAUACAGAGCAGCAGGAAUCACCAAUUUCUGCAGUGCCAGGACCUACGACCACCUGAAGAAGAGCCGGGACGAGGAGCGGCUGAAGCGCACGAUGCUCUCGGAGGUGCUGCAGUACAUCCAGGACAGCAGCGCCUGCCAGCAGUGGCUCAGCCGCCAGGCAGACAUUGAUUCUGGCCUGACUCCCACGGUACCAGUUCCUUCAACUACAGGCAGACGGAGCGCCCCACCUCUGAACCUCACAGGGCUGCCAGGGACAGAGAAACUCAACGAGAAGGAGAAGGAGCUCUGUCAGAUGGUGAGGUUGGUCCCUGGAGCCUAUUUGGAAUAUAAAGCUGCUUUAGUGAACGAGUGCAACAAACAGGGGGGCCUGAGACUGGCGCAGGCUCGAGCCCUCAUCAAGAUCGAUGUGAACAAAACCAGGAAAAUCUAUGACUUCCUGAUCAGAGAAGGAUACAUCACAAAGGCCUGAGGACAGGCAGCUUUGGCUGGAGCAGGCAGAUGCGGAGAAGCUUUGAAGUCACUUUGACAGCGCUGAAAGAUUUUACCAGUGUUGAAUGAAGGACAUUUCCUUUUGUUUGAAACCUUU